UCCGAACUCUUUUUAAGUAAAAAAAGUGAAACCCUCACUCGCUCUCUCCCUAUAGAAACCCAUCUAAAAAAAUUAUUCAGCCCAUCAUCACAAUAAAGGUAAAGUUGUUUUGAAGUAUUAUAUACCUGCUUAGUUAGUUAGUUACUGAUCUGUACCUGAUCUAAUUGGAUUGUAUACAUCUGUAUCUAUAGAUAUAUAUAGAGAUAGAGAUAGGAAAUAUGAAAGAGGAGGUGUUGGUGAGUGUUAAGGAGUCAACAGUUACUAAAAUUGAGAAAAGAGAAGAGGAAGAAGAAGAUAUGUUGGUGGAUGUUGUUGAUGAUGAUUUAAACAAUGGGGUUGUGGAGGAAGAAAGCGGGUUGGUUGAUCGGGUUGUGAAAGAUGUCGAUUUAGUUGAUAAAGUUGUUGUCUUGGAGACAGUGGAGGAGGUGGUGGUUGAAGAAAGUGUGGUGAGUAUUGUUGGCAGUGAGUCGGGUGAUGAUGAUAAGUCGGGGAAUGGGACGGUUGUGGCGGAGGAGAGUAAGAUGGAUAUUGAGACGUCGGGUGGAGAAGUUGUGGGGAAAGAGGAUAAGGAGGUGAUUGGAUUGGUUCAAAAAGUGGAUAAGAAGGGCAAGGAAGUUGCGACGGCAAAACAUGGUUUAUUGGAAGGUCAAGUGGAAGCUGUGGAGGUGGGUUUGGUUGGGGUUGAAAAAGUUGAAGACGGUACUGAGGAACGAAGUUUGUUGACUAAAAAUGAGGACAAGGGAGAUGAAGUUGAACAAACGACAAAAGAGAGUUUGCAGUCAAUAGUUGAGGUUAACAUAAAUGAUGAAAAUAAGUCAGAAAGUGGAUUGAACGAAGAGAAAGUGGGACGGGGACGUCCAAUAGAGUCGGUUGAUGUCGAUGGUGUGACGAAUGAGAAAAGUGGAAAUACUAAGGCUUUGGGUUCGACAAAGAUUUUAGAGUCAGUGGCUAAAGUUGACGAGGUGGUUGCAGGGGACGGUUUCUCUGGAAAAGAUGAAAUUCAAGGAGGUGUGUCCGUGGAUCAAAGUACAAAUUUUCCUGAAAUUUCUACUUUAUCAAGUGAUGUGGUCAAUUCAGGAACAGGUGAAGGUGCGGUUCAUGGAAAUGCUAGAAACUUGGUCGAGAAAGCUGAUAUUGGGGCUAUUAGCAAGGAAGAAAGUUCACUAUCAAUGAAAGAAGGUAAAACAGAUUCCAAAAUAGACGAUGAACCUCAAGUUAUUGAAGGAGAGAUUGCUGUGAUAGAUGAAGUAAAGGAACCAGAAAUAGGUUUGGCCAGUGAGACCAUAGAACAACCUACAGGUGCUGUUCAUGAACUGGCUGAUGCAGAUCAUGUGAUGGACGAAACGAUUGAAAACAAAGAAGAGGUGUCAGGUUCAUCGAAGGUUCCGGAACCAUUAACUGUGGCGAAUCUUGGGUCGGAGGAAGAUGAUGUCAUAGUUGUAGAAGAAGGUUUAGAAGGAAAAGGUGAAGGCCUAGAGGUAGUUAAGACUGCUGAUGUUGGUGCAACGAGCAAAGAUGAAAGCCUACAUGCAACAGUAGAAGUUUCGAUGACUGAAAAAUCUGGAAGUGAUGUUGGUGCGCACAAUGGACCUGAUGCAGUUGCUGUGUGCAGUGAAGUCAUUGAAGUGACAGGUGCUGAAAAACGACCAAAUGCCGCUGCGCAAAAUAUAGGUGAUACGAGUAUUUCUCAAGUAGUUUCAGGGUCGAAUGAUGUUCCUUCGAAUGGUGGCAAGGAAGCUGCAAAGCAGCAUGUCGCGGUUCUAGAUUCUGCAGUUGAAGUUCCACCCACCGGUGGUCCCCAAAUGUCCGUGGAAGAUUCUGGGAAAGCUAACAAUGCAGCAGCUCAUGUUGAACAUGGUGUUUUAUCUGCAGACACACAAUUUUCAUAUGAAGGGGCUCACAUGGAGAGAGGAGAUGAGGCAGGGAUGGACAUUGAUGAAGUACUCAGUUGGAAAGAUGAGAUACCAUCCAUACAAGAGGUCGAGCAAAAGGUGGACCUUGCAAAUGUUUCAAGUAUAGAUGAGCAGGUAGACGUAGAUGUUGAAGAGCACGAAACAGAAGCAACAGAGCCCACUUUGGAGGCUAAGCAGUGGAAUCAAACAUCGGUCUCAUUACAUCAAUCAGGUUAUUUCCAUCCACCAGAAAAUGAAGGUGAGUUCUCUGUGUCUGAUUUAGUUUGGGGUAAAGUCAGGAGCCACCCGUGGUGGCCUGGGCAAAUAUUUGAUUCUUCUGAUGCAUCGGAGCAAGCCAUGAAAUAUCAUAAAAAAGAUUGCUUUUUAGUAGCAUAUUUUGGAGACCGAACUUUUGCUUGGAACGAGUCAACUGUCUUGAAACCAUUUCGCCCAAAUUUCUCUGAAAUAGUGGGCCAUACCAAUUUAGAAGCUUUUAAUAAUGCAGUUCACUGUGCUUUAGAGGAAGUGUCAAGACGGGUAGAGUUGGGCCUCACAUGCUCAUGCAUCCCCCGUGACAUCUAUGACAAUAUCAAAUGUCAGAUAGUAGAGAACUCAGGAAUUAAGCAAGAAUCUAGUAAAAGACAGGAUAUAGACAAGUCUGCAAGUGUCAACUCAUUUGAACCCGAUAAACUCGUCGACUAUGUGAGACUAGUUGCAAAGGUCCCAUAUGGUGAAGUUGAUAAAAUGGAGCUAACAAUGGCAAAAGCUCAAUUAUCUUCUUAUGGUCGUUUUAAAGGUUAUCGCCAGCUGGCUGAGUUUCAGUCAUGUGGUGAUUUGUUAGAACUUGACCAGGUUCUUCAAGAUGCAACAUAUAGUGAUGAUGGUUCUAAAAAGCGGAAGGCUCUUGAUUCCCUUUCUGAUGGUUCAGAAAAGCGUCCGAGUCACCAUGCUGAACCAGUUCCAGCGGCUAAGCCGUCUUUCCAAGUAGGUGCAUGCAUUCAAAGGGUAGCUAGCCAGCUGACAGGACCACCAACGAAAGUUGAACCAUCUGAUCAAGCUGUUGUAAGUACUGUUUCAGAUCAAGCUGAGAUGUUAUCUCAACUUCACUUGGCUGCACAGGAUCCCCAGAAAGGAUACAAUUUCUUGAAUAACAUCAUCCCGUUUUUUAAUGGUCACCGAGCCACUGUUUUGAGCAAGUCUAAACAAAUUUCAAAUGAUGUGAGGAAGAGAAAAACUUCGAAUGAGAACGAUCCUGAAGAGUUUGAAUUUGAUGAUGUUAACGAUUCCUAUUGGACAGACAGGAUCAUUCAGAAUUAUUCUGAUGAACAACUAUUGCCAGAGAAUCAGAAUGGAGGUGGAGCACAUCAAAUUGCUGUGGCCUAUGAACAAGAAAAACCUGUAAAACAGACCCGUAGAUCAAAUAAAAAACGUUUCUUCAAUAGCAACCAUGAAAUAGAAGCGAAGGAACAACUAGAGCUUAUAGAAAGGAGGCGCUUAAAUUUGGCAACUGAAGUUUCGAUGAAAUUUACUGAGGGUGUGUAUUUCCCUUCAGAAAUACAUCUGAAUAAAAUGUUUAGACGGUUUGGGCCUUUAAUGGAAUCGGAAACUGAAGUGGAUAGGCAAAGUGGACGUGCUCGAGUGGUAUUUAAGAAAUGUUCUGAUGCAGAAGUUGCUCAUGGUAGUGCUGAAAAAUUCAACAUCUUUGGUUCGAUUGCUGUACGUUACGAUCUGAAUUAUACACCGUUGAUCUCUUAUAAGCCUUUGCCCCUUCCAGUGGCUCAAGAUGUGGCAGAUGCAUGCUAAGUUGCUUUUUUUCAGCGGGUUCUGCUGAUGACAAGAAGAUAUAUGAAUUGUGAACUUGGACCAUCAAUGUACAUUAUGUACUAUCGUAUCUAUAAAGAUUCAACCUUUGAUGAGAGUUAUCUUCCCUAUGAAUUGUUUUCUGCUUGUAAAACGGGAUAGUGGUGUUGAUAGGCUGCAGCUUUUGGGCUACAAUGAGAAGGCAAGUGUUUGUAUCAAAUGUAACUUAUUGUUCUUUUGAGAGACAAGUGAGAAUUCAUGCUUCCUUGUUUUCAAUAAUAGAACUAGGGAUGCUUUGUUGUAGAUUAGUUUUUAGCAUGAGUUGUAUUUCUAACUUUUAUGAGCGCAAGUUUGCUACACCCCCUUCAGCUACUCA